GCAAUGCCGCGUCGUGCGCGUUUUUCAAACAAGACUGUAAUAGUACCGUGUUACUGUAUUCUGUUCUCGUGCGGAUGCGACGGAUGCAAUGCGAUGCAAUGCGAUGCGAUGCCUUGCUCCCGCCGCCGUGGUUCACGCAGGCAGCCUUCGGGCGACGCCACGGACCGUCGUCGGUGCCGCACGCCCGAAUGCCAAGCAUGCACCGGUGGCGGCCGGGUUCGCCGCCUACGACCCGCCGGCGUUCUGCCGGGCGACCCGCGCCAGGUACUUUCGCCGGAUCUGGUAGAAAAUGACCAGAAAGACCAUCGACGCCCCAAAGAGGGAGGUCAGACCGAUCUUGUGGCCGAACAAGAUGCAGCUCAGGGUGAUGGAAAAGAGCUGCCGGGUCGUCAUGAUGACCGUAAAGACAAUGGGACCGAAUUCCUUGAUGGUGUAAAAGAUGAACAGCUGGCCCGAGGCCGACGUAAUGGCGGUGAUGAUGUUGUAGUUGAGGGCCACGGGGUUCUUGGACAAAAAUUCGUAGACGACGGGAACGUCCCCCGACACGAUCAGCCCGGUGGUCGUGAUGACAAUGGCGCAGGUGUUGACGCACAGCAUCAUCUGGUACUGGUCGACGUUGCUCCUGCCGUACUGCYGGUAGAUCUUGUCCUGCCACUGRGAGGUGAAGGAAUCGCAGCAAAUGUACAYGAGCAUAAAGAUCAGCCCGAUGAUUUCCGUGUCGUUGUUGACCUUUGCGGUCUUGGUGGUGAGCGAAAAAAUCGCCACGCCGAUCGUGAUCAGGAGCGCCUCGACGUACUGCCCGAGCGGGUACGAGUUCCCCUUGAGGAACCGGCCCAUCAUCAUGACGGGAAUGAUUUUGGAGGACUUGAAGACGGUCUGGACCGGAAAGGCCACGUAUUUCAGCGAGGCGUACUGGGACCAGCUGCUCAGCGUGUUGCUCAGGGCGCAGGGGGCAAAGGAGUAGAGGGGCGCCACGUUGUUCGAGUAGAGGGCCCCGUGCUUGAUCUUGCAGGCGAUCGCGCCGACGAUCACCGCCAGAAACCGGUUGGAAAAGACGCAAAAGGCCGCCGAUGGGAAGAUCCCGUUCGGGGCUCCCGGCGUCGGUUCGAAGACCGUGGUCAUGAUGAGUUCCUGCAUGUACCCCCAGGUCAGGUAGGACGCCUGCAGGCCGGCAAAGCAAAAGGCGAGCUUCAUCGCCUGCGUCGAAAAGUCGUUGUCGCCACUGGAAAACGCCGUGGCAACGUUUCCGCUGCCACCGCCAUCGCCGCCCAGCGGAAUGUUGCGGGUGGACUCGUUGUCGUCCACCAUUAGGGGUCUCAUCAACCUGCGGUUCCCCCCCCCAAGAGAAAGAAAGAAAAAAGAAACACACACACACACACACACACACCAAGCAUUGCGCCAAAGAACGAGCAAGGAAAAGAAACAGUUCGUCGCAAAAUUCGUGCAUCGGAAGAACGACAAGAAAAAGAACCGCCAGGGUGUCAGUGGAACAUUCGUUUGCAUCUCGUUUCCGAUCGGACCGGCUGCCGCGGUGGAGCACCGCGGUCUCGUUUGCCGCGAGGGACCGACGSACACCGCACUCACAUUUUGUCGUUGUCUUCCUGGACCAUGCUCGAGGCAGGAGACGGAGAAGGUGACGCCGUUCGUGACGUCGGGGCCAUGCUUUUGCUGUGUUUGCCGCUGCUGUCGCGGUUCGAGGGGGAAUCAAAUGAGGAGGGAUCCGACGUGUGUCUCCUGUGCAACCCCGAGGACAUGAAAAACGAUUCUGUUGGACUGGCCUGGAUACCAGUAGCGCUGGGUUGGGUUGAUCAGAAUCCUGCUUGUUUGUUGGUUCGGAACAGCAAGUGCUGGCGAAGGCCGGUUCUCUUUCUCGCAGAAGCAGAAAUCUGGGUUCGACGGUGAGGCAAGAGCACCGGUAGCUUAUACGAUUACAAGGAAGGAAGGAAGUACAACCAAAAUGAUCGUGUGAGCACCGUACGAGGUAUCGUACCGUACCGUACCGUGCCUGCGGAGGAGUCUCUGGUAACAGGGGUCUAAAUUAUGACCCCUGUCCCAUACCUCCGCUGUACGUUACGAACGGUACAGUACUUACGUACUCGUAGCAUGCCCUGAAGCCGAAGGGAGGAUAGAGUGUGAGAUGAGAGACGAUUCGCACGAUCGGCCUGGCCUCCUUGGAUUGGGAUGUCUUGGGCAUUCUUUUUUCUGAGAAUGUAGAAGCAUCCCAGUACGGUAGAUGUACGUACGUACGUACGUUAGAUUAACGUAGUGACGGCUAACGAACGCAAAACGAAAGCAAGGCUGAAAUCGGAGUACUACCGUACGUACAUACGGUAAUACAAGGGAUACUAAUUU